GUGACUAGUGUGGUAGUGGUGGUCCAAUUAUAAGACCAUUCCAGAAACCUGACUUAACUAAUCAUAGUUAGUUGUAACAAUUUUAUAGUUUUCAUAUACAUAUUUACAGAAGUUAGACAAACCAAGAUGCAUUUUCUUUUAAUUUAAACAUUAAUUUCAAAUAAUUCGUGUAACGACAUGACGACGCUGUCCCCUGCUUCUGAGAAGAGGGAAUCAACCAAUCAGACCUCGCUUGUCUGUAUGGCUAACAGUACUGUAACGAUAGUCUAUAGCUGCUAGCAUUUUUAGGAGGGGCAGAGACAUUCUGAGCCAUUAUCUGGCAUUCUUGAAAUACAAAGUGGAUGCCUCUAUGAUCCAGCUACAGCGAAAUAUACCUCUCCGUACAAGACUUCAGCCAUGGCCACGGCAGGCGCAGGACCAGGCGCAGGACCAGGCACAGCAGAGCCAAAUCGGCCAGGCCCCCAGAGGAAGAUGUCCACCACAGGGGAAAGCCUGUACAAGGUGCUAGGCCUGGAGAAAGGAGCUUCCGCUGAUGACAUCAAGAGAGCUUACAGGAAAUUAGCAUUGAAGUACCACCCAGACAAGAACCCAGACAACCCGGAGGCUGCAGAUAAGUUUAAAGAGAUCAACAACGCCAACUCCAUCCUGAACGAUGACGGCAAGAGGAGGAUCUACGAAGAGUACGGCUCCAUGGGUCUCUACGUGUCCGAGCAGUUUGGAGAGGAGAGCGUCAAAUACUACUUCCUCAUGUCCAAGUGGUGGUUUAAGACCAUGGCCGUGUGCUGCACCGUCUUCUCCUGCUGCUGUUGCUGCUGCUGUUGCUGUUUCUGCUGUGGGAAGUGCAAGCCGCCGGAGGAGGAUGAUCACUACCAGUAUGUGGACCCAGAGGACCUGGAGGCCCAGAUCAAAGCAGAGACUGAUGGAGGUGACACGGUAAUCAUUGUCCAGCCCAUACCUGUAGCCGUACCUAUAGCUGUAUCGAGCCCUGUGGCUGAGAGCACCAACCUAGGCCCUGCCAUCAGCCUAGGCCCUGCCAUCAGCCUAGGCCCUGCCAUCAGCCUAGGCCCUGCCAUCAGCCUAGGCCCUGCCAUCAGCCUAGGCCCUGCCAUCAGCCUAGGCCCUGCCAGUCCAGUAGGUGACAACCCGACCAGUCCAGUGGCUGCUGAGAACCCAGGCGAAACGCUGCCGGAGUCUAAAUGACUCGUCCGCGUGCCCCUAUCGUGAUCCAGCCGCAUUCCAUCACCGUUGAGGUUCCAGAGACCUCCCAGCCUGCAGCCAGCCAGCCCACCUCCAAGCCCCAGCAGUGACCCUCCCCUCCCAGCCCCGUGUACCCGCUGGAGCCCUCCCCUUAGGUGGGCACGGCCCCACCCUGGAGCCCCCAGCAGCCAGCCAGGCCAGCCGUCACCACAGCCAGGACUCACCAGUGCCAGUCAACCAGCCAGCCAGUCAACCCCCCAUACUGUGGCAAAGGUCCAACCAAAUGGACAUGAGCGGCACGCUGCCAAGAGACCCGGACUUCUUAUGACUUGAUAUAUAAAUGUCUAUCUACCAAACUGAGGAUUAGAACAAACUCCUAUUACUCCAUUUUAUCCCUCUGUUUCAAUCCUCCCUCAUCUAUCCCCCCUCCCCUGCUCUCUUUCUCCCUCUUGGACUCUCGUCUCUGUCAGAGCUCUGGGAUUGGAGACUCUUCAAGUUCAGUCUGAGUUUUGGGAUUUAAAUAGCCUGACUCAAACCUUCCACCUCCCGGAGACUAAAGCAUGGAUCAGAGGAUGUGCAUGUGUUAAGUUUGAUCUGCAUGCCCCUACUGUACAACACUGGCACAUACAUACCCCUCUACUACAGCCACCACCACCAUCUUACCCCUGUCAGUGAUACCCCCAGAUCCAGCCAGGUGCACUUACAGAAUGCUGCACAACCAAGGGUCUCCACCUCCACCUGAAUGAGACCCAGAAGUGGGGCCGACAUUCGAGAACAGUGAAAAUGUCCUGUGGAGAACUUCUGCAUUUCUAACAGAAAAAUGUGCUGACUGCUUUAUUUAAUUGCUAAUUGAUGUCACAAUUAUGUUAGUUAGACCAAAGCCAAACUACAUGCCACUAACUCCAUGCAUUCAGUAGCCACCAGUUUCUCCUCAUGCCACUAGAGCCAACCUGAGAGGAUUGCGCCAUUGAGGUGUAUGCAUUUGGGUCUACUAUGCACUUUUGAAACCUGUGAAUUGGGUAAAUGGUCAUUUCUGAUGGACUGUCAGCUAUCUUAUGGGUCCAGUCAACCAGCACUGCUUACUGAAACAGUCAGCACACUUCUCUCUGUAUUCGAUGGAACUGACCGAUGGAAACAGCUAGCUGACUGCAACCCAACUACUUAUCAAACGUCUCCCAUCUCAAAGGGUGGUUUUGCUUUGCGUUCUCAUAGUCUGAUGUUGUAACAUGGAGAUACAGGUGGUAUGUACUGUAGGGAUCUGUGUUUGACCCAGCUACUAAGUGCACUCUAUGCCACAUUCUAGAGUGACAAUUAUGUUCUCUGUACUGCCUACAGAGAGAUCCCAUCACCAAUGAUUUUGAGACUUUUCAGAUGUUGAUUUGACUUUGAAGAAAUAACACACCAGGGUGUUUUCCAUGGGGUUUUAGUGGGCUGAGGCAUGUUGAGUAUUUUAUGGGCUAAAGAUGCACAUGUCUACUAUUUACAACUAGGCAUUAGUCCUCCCAUUCACUCCUUUCUACAGUAGGGUCUCUGUGAUGAGAUGAUGCAAUGUCACACAGCAGGGUUAGGGUCUGUACAGAUCACACAACCAGCCAUUUGUACUUCAGUACAGCUCUCUUUAUGAUCCUGGGGGUGCAGAGUCUGCACUUUCUCAAAUGUACUGUAAUCAGAAUAGUGAAAAAGUGAAGCGAAUGGGUGCCACAUUGUUAUUGCGAAUCAGUCAGUCCCAGUGGUGGGUGGGGGGGUGUGUGUAGAGCAUUGUACAACGUCUUUUGGUUUGUUCAUCUAGUGCUGUGGUCAGUCAGUCAUCCCCUCCCAGUUUCUUUGUGGUUGGUCAUUUGAAAAGGGCAUUCUGUGUUUCCUAAAGAGGGACUGGUACAUGGUGUUAACCACCUUGUGUAUUGGCUGAAGAACAACCCUAAAGUUAGACUAAAUCAUGUCAUCAAAUGAUGUCAAGCGUUUUGUAGCUUUGGAUGUUUUUUCUCCUGAGUUUUCAUAGAAUUAAUUUAUCAGUAGCUUCAAUUUCUUACUGGAAUUUAUGGCACUUUUUUUCUCCCUUCAUUUCACUAAGUUAAAAACCCUCCUGAUUUAAAAAAAAAAAAAAUCAGUCUGUUGGUUAUGCUUUUUCGAAAACCAUAGUAAAUCGGAUGCAUUUCAACAUAACAGUGCAGUAUCUAUCCCCAGGGUUCAGAGAGGAGAGAUACCUUUUAUUUAUUCUGGUGAUCCUUAUCUGCUGUAAAUAAUAAUCACUGUGUGUCACAUGCAAAUAACAUUGUAAUAAGGUUGUUUUGAGACUCUUUGUUGAAUGGAAAAUGUUUUAAGAAUCAACCCCAUAUACAUAGUGUACAUUGUCUAUUUUUUAUUUAUGUCAAACCGAAAGAGCUGUUUCUUAAAAAACAAGUUGACAGUUGGGAAGAGAGGACCCUAGACUAGCCAACAUGGUCCUCCCAGGGGGCUGGGCAACUGGUUGAAAGAGGUAGGCAGGCAGGCUGUCCUAACUGGCUAGGCCACCAUGGCGCUGGUCUACAGUAGCAGGCAGACAGGCAGUGUGUAUCGGUCUCCCCUGAGUGUAGGGGGCAAUGAUGUCUCCAUCUCAUCUCUCUUCUAGGACACAGGGUAAUGUAUGAGGACUCUGCCACUGAAAUGAUUGAUUGUAGUUUUGUCGACGUUUUCAUUGUCAUUCAUUCAUCAUGUCUCAUGGACAAAAAUGAUCUGUAAAUGUGUAUUUAUAUAAUGAAAUUAAAAGAAGGGGGAUUUGUA